ACUCAACUGUUUCCUUCCAUUUUUUGCAUUGUAUUUCCCACUCUUUACAAAAUGACUAUCCUUUCAAACCCUUUGGUUUUACCGUCAAAUCCUCCAACCCAACUAUCUUCUGGCUCUCAUCUAAAGCCAGCAGAUCAAAGCUUUGGGACUGCCAGCCCCACAAACUUGUCAAUCAAUUCUAAAAGUUUAGGAAAACUGUAUCUUUCUACCUUUAGAAGGCCACUCAGAGUUCAAGCUUCGUACAGUUCCCUCUUCUAUGUUGUUUUUGGGUGUUCUGUUGCAAACCUAAGUACUCAGUGGAAGUACUCUGCUUCUUGUGUUUUUAGUGAUGGUAGAAGGCCAAGCAGUGCAAGCAUCUUUGUUGGAGGUUUUAUUUUGGGAGGACUCGUGGUUGGUGCACUUGGAAGUGUAUUUGCUCCUCAGAUCAGCAAGGCACUAGAUGGAGCUGAUAGAAAGGAUCUAAUGAAGAGACUGCCUAAAUUCAUAUAUGAUGAAGAAAAAGCUUUGGAGAAAAAACGGAAAAUACUGACUGAGAAGAUUGCUCAGCUGAACUCUGCUAUUGAUGAUUUUUCUGGUCAGCUUCGAUCUGAAGAUGCCCCAAAUGGAGUUGCUGUGAACGCUGAUGAAAUUGAAGCUGCCUGUUGAAUUGCCUUGCUAUUCAUAAGUUGUAAAAGUUGGUUUUCUAAAACUUAAUUUGCUACUACUUGGAACAAUCUUACUUCAAAUAAAUAUCUUCCUAUGAAUAUCUCCUGCAAUUAAUGCAUCAUUUGGUGUUU